UCUAUAAGACUUUAACACUUUAACACCCUCAAAGCUCUAGAUGAAAAUCAAUAAUGAUCUCAACUUCCAGUGGUUUUAAACGCGAUUUCCUCAACAUCUCUCAAGAGACCACAAAGCCCACGCGAGAUAAGCAAAGAUUACGGCCGGAACAUGCAAAAAGAAUUCCAUAAUAAUGAUGAUGCACUGCGAUACAUAAGCUGGGGGAGGCACGUUUUACAGCAUGCCAGAGUGGGUUAUGACUAUCGCUGAGGGGGCUCGAUAAGCACCACCAGAGAUCGUAUAAAAGAGGUGAGACACCGGUGAGAUCUAUCAAUCACAGCAAGUGACUAGCAGCGACAACGAGAUCAAGAUGUGGCGUCUGCAUUUGUUUCUACUGCUCUCCACGUGCUUCCUUAUACCGCACGAUGCCAAGCCCAUGACCAGGACGAAGACAACAACCAAUGGAUUACCACCGACGACGACUUUGGCUUCGCUGCUCUUGGAAACGGAAUCCACCACGGAGGGGCCAAGCACUUCGCCCAGGACAUCAUCGCGUUUCACCCAUAUUGGACGUUUGGCUGCAAAGGAUUUGGCCGAUUUGCUUUUGGCCAGCAUGCAGGCUCGUGGGGCUAAGCUCUCGUCCUUCCAGGAGUCCACCAUGAAGAUGCUACGCACAGAGGUGUCCAAGGAGGUCAAGGGGAACAAUAUGUUCCUACAGCUGGGCAUGGAUGUGAUCAUUGAUAUACUGAUUGGUGCUCGUAAUGAGGCCACCUGCAGUCACAUUAUUCGUGAUAUUGAGCAGUCACAGGAUCGGAAUAGCCUCACCCUAACGCUUAGAUCCUUCCUGGCCUUGUUGUCUUUCAAUGGCAUCGCGUGCUCCCAGGAUGAGGUGAGCCAGGCUAUUAAGAGUUCUCUGCUAAGGCAGCGACAGCAACCGACCAUUAAGGCUAUUGAUAGUGAGCAACAGGAGACCGAAGGAUCGGGUAUACGAUCUGCCAGGAAAGUGGAUUCAACUGUCAAGGACGAUCGCGAUUCGGUUUUGCAAUUCUUGCAGGCGCGCAGCCUGGACGAACAUAGUACCAUCCUUAACACCCUGCUGCAGGUGUGUGGAGCUUCUGCCGGAGAGGCCCACAAAAUCAUCAGGAAUCUGAGAGAAAUGGGUCCCGAGAGUACUACAACCCUGCAAGUGAAUGCCUUCAGCAUGCUUUCUGUCUCCAUGCUGGAUAGUCUUUCCUCGAUCGCUGAUGGCAAUACGAGUGGCUUGUGCUCUGCCAGUCCUGCUACCUGGAUUGUUCGCCUCUUGGCCAUGAAAGUGGGCAAAGUGGUGCUUCUUGGCCUAAUGACUGCCCUCGAUAAUACUCUGGUUAGUCCCACGCCCACAGAAACGGCCAAUGCGAUGGCCUUGAAUAGUGUUAAUGGCGGUGAUAUUACCGAUUUUAAAACUCCCCUCGGCUCAAAGGCAUCCAUUACGGCAAAGCGUGCCAGUAGCAGUCCCGUGGAUCUAUUAAGUUCCAAUUCUUUGGGAAAUGUUCAAAAUGUGGCAACUGGCACUAAUAUAGAGGGAACUCUGAACAAAUCUUUUGGUCUGGCUAAGGCUGUGGUACCCGUCAAUGCUGAUGUGGAUGCUUUAAGUGAUGCUACCAGUGGUACCAACACUCAGAACAUUGUUGCUGGAACAAAUGUGAAAGGUGUGGAAAACACUGCAACGAAUGCGGUGCAGGCUUUGGUGCCGGUUAAUGCCGAUGUUGAUGCCUUGACUGUUGGUACAGGAGGCAGUGGCAGCACUCAGAAUGUACAAGCUGGCUCAAAUCUGGUUGGUAGUGGCAAUACUGCCAAUGGACUAGUUAGGGCUUUGGUACCCGUCAAUGCUGAUGUGGAUGCUCUUGACACAGUUAAUGGUGAUGGCACUGGCACCAAUCAGAAUGUUCAAGAUCCCACAACCAUAAUUGGCGAUGGCAAUCAAUCCUCUGACUUGGUCAGAGCUCUCAUUCCGGCCAAUGCUGAUGCUAACGUAUUAACUGGACUUAAAGAUGUUGGCAUUAACACUCAGAAUGUACAAUCUGGAACAUUUAUCAAGGGAAAUAAGAAUACCAGAUCAGAGUUAGUGGGUGUUUUGCUACCUGUCCAAGCCACAGCUGAUGCCUUGUCAAAUGUGGAUAGAACUACUUCUACGGGUUCGACAGGAUCUUCGGGAUCUUCAGGAUCUACAGGAUCUUCUGGUUCAUCUGGCACUUCAUCGGGUACACCAUCUUCCUCUGGUUCUAGUGGUUCCACUGGCUCUGGCUCUACUGGAUCUGGAGAUUUGCUUGGUGGCAACAAAAACACCUUGACCGAGUUGAUUAGCCUCAAUGCACCCAUUGCUAUUGUGAUAUCUCUGUUGAGCACUAUCCUAGGAGGUGGUUUUGGUAACAACAUGAACAUUCGUGAGGGUGCUAUCAUGAAUGGAACUGGCAAUAGCGUUAUUAAAGGAGUGUCAGUUACUCCUACAAUUAGCCUUAUUGUCUCUGUACUGUCCACUGUGAAUCCUGGCGGUGUUAAUCACACCAAUGCAGGUUUGCUAGGCGGUCUGCUGGGAGGUUCUGGUGGCUUACUAGGAGGAGGUUUGCUAAGUGGAGGAUCCAGUUCCAGUUCCGGUGGCUUGCUGGGAGGUCUAGGUGGAGGAUCCAGUUCUGGUGGCUUGCUUGGAAAUGGUCUAGGAGGUCUGCUGGGAGGAUCAGGCCUUGGAGGUCUCCUGGGUGGUGUGGUUACCACAGUUGAGGGUCUUCUAAGCACUCUCCUUGGCGGUGUCCUUGGCACUGGCCUUGGCAGUCUCCUCUCCGCUGUUCUGGGCGGUGUUUUGCCCCCUGUUAUCAGCACUGUGGAACAGCUGCUGGUUCAUCUGAUAAGUCUUUUGGCUGGCGGCACUGGAAUCACCUCUGGUGGCACCUGUAUCCCCAGUAGUAAUUCAACCAAUUCAACCGCUGCGAGCAACUUAUCUGGUGCUGGUGGCACCUCUAGCUCCACUGGCAUUGGCAAUUCGCUGAACAAGAGUGCCGAUGUCACCAUCCUUGGCAAUGAAAACACUGUCGUUAAGCUGGUGAGCGUGGAUGGUACCGUCUUGUGUUCGCUUUUCCUUUUAGACAGCAUCCUGGGAACGGGUUUCAUUGGUAAUUCGGCCAACGUGGGUCCCAAGCACAUCAUUGUGGGCAAUAAUAAUAAGAUUGUAAAGCUGGUAAAUUUGGAUAUUGUGGCCCUGCUUUUCCUCAGUGUGGGCAGCAUUAUUCGAGGCAGCGGCGGUGUCUGCAACCAGAUUAAUGUGGAACCCGAAAAUGAAAUUGUAGGCGAUUGUAAUACCGUCUUUGAGCUGGUCGACAUAGAUUUGAACCUGCUCCUAGAUGUGGCUGUGCUGAGUCAAUUGAUUGGCUCGGUGGCUAAUGAUUGCAGUGCCACCACCACUACCACAACAACUCAGCCUCCGACACCACAGCCACCAACUCCAUCCCCACCAACUCCGUCUCCGCCAACACCUUCACCACCAACUCCAUCGCCACCUACACCUUCACCACCGACUCCUUAUCCACCAACCAAUCAGCCUCCCACCGUACAGCCACCCACCGUGGGGCCUCCCACCAUUCGGCCACCCACCGUUCGUCCGCCAUCGCCGAAUCCCAACAAUUGCUAUCGGCGUUACUGCCGCAAAUGGAGGACUAGACCCAGCUAUCUUUGCUACAAGAAUUGCGGCGGUAACUUCACCUACAAGCCCUAGGCUGAGCAAGGAUCACGAUCAGGUUAAGGAUCAUCACCGACGAAGGAAUCAGCAGAGGAAAAAGCAACUUCUCGUCAGUCACUUCAUCUUGUUAAGCGUGGCCCUGUCGGCCACUCUGCCAUUGGGCAUUUAUUUAUUUUGUUUACUUGCUAAGUGAAAAUUGUUUAA